AUGGCCAACGAGCAGCAGGUUCACGAGCACAAGCACAAGGAACAAUUUCCCAUGACAAAUUGGAUAUAUGAUGUGUUUCUGUGGACGUUUUCGAUACUUGUCGACCUCUUCUUUCGAGAAGUACACCCAAGAGGAUCAUGGAAAGUUCCAAGGCGUGGGCCUGUUAUCUUUGUAGCAGCUCCUCAUGCCAACCAGUUCGUCGAUCCCCUUAUCCUAAUGCGCACCCUACGAAACGAAUGCCAUCGUCGCGCCGCUUUCCUUAUCGCUGCGAAAUCUAUGGGUCGAUUCAUCGUCGGUUGGUUUGCGCGCAAAGUGGGCGCGGUUCCUGUUGGACGAGCUCUGGAUAUGGUGAAGCCUGGAUCUGGUAAAAUAUACCUGCCGGACCCUAUUAAUGAUCCGCUUCUCAUUCGUGGAAUUGGUACAAAGUUUGACGGAAAAGAAAUACAAGUUGGGGGAUUGUUGGUUUUGCCCAGCAUUGACGGAACCGCGGCCAAUACCGAGAUAGCGGAAGUAAUUAGCGCAGAGGAGUUGAGAUUGAAGAAACCUUUCAGAGGACGAAACGCCAUGAUACAACUCACUGGACGAGAAGAUGUUGAUGAAGAUGGCAAGUUUGGCGAUCAGUCUGUCAAAGGUACCAAGGGAAGCUUUGAAGGAUCGAAGUACAAGACCGCCCCGAAAGUUGAUCAAACCCAAGUCUAUGAUGCCGUCUUUGAUCGUCUCCGUGGUGGUGGAGCUGUUGGAAUAUUUCCAGAGGGUGGAAGUCACGACCGAACCGAAUUACUUCCCCUGAAAGCUGGUGUGGCUAUUAUGGCACUUGGAUCUUUGGCUGCCAAUCCCGAUAGUGGUCUUCAGAUUGUACCAUGUGGUAUGAAUUAUUUUCACGCUCAUAAGUUCCGCUCAAGAGCCGUAAUUGAGUUUGGCAAUCCUAUCGAGGUCCCAAAAGAGCUUGUCGAGCUCUACAAAAGUGGAGACCGAAGAGGGGCUGUCAGUCAAUUAUUGGAUAUCGUAUACCAGGCCCUUGUUGCUGUUACUGUUACAAGUCCGGAUUAUGACACUCUCAUGCUUAUUCAGGCCGCCCGAAGACUCUACAACCCAACUGGAAAGAAACUUCCACUUCCCAUGGUAGUUGAGCUAAAUCGAAGACUGGUUAAAGGUUAUACACAUUAUAAAGAUGAUCCACGAAUUGUUUCUCUCAAAAAGUCUGUUUUGGACUACAACAGACAACUACGCUAUGUAAAUCUCAGAGAUCACCAAGUCGAAUACGCCAAAUUCUCUGUUCCAAAAGCCGUAUUUCUUCUGUUCUAUCGCUUAGGAAAACUUGCCGUUCUUUCUAUUGGCGUCAUCCCAGGACUUUUCUUAUUUGCACCGGUCUUCAUAGCUUCGAAGUUGAUCAGCAUCAAAAAGUCAAAGGAAGCUUUAGCUGCAUCUACGGUCAAACUUCAAGGUCGAGACGUUAUGGCCACAUGGAAGCUUUUGGUUGCCCUUGCCUUCGCGCCGAUCUUAUACAACUUUUAUACCAUUAGUCUUGCAUAUUGGACUUACAAAAACCGAGUUCAGGGGUACGUACCAGAAUGGGUUCCACUCUGGGCAAUCUUCGUUUUCGGAUACAUCAUCUUCCCAGCAAUUACUUUUGCAGCACUUCGUUUCGGAGAAGUAGGCAUGGACAUCGCCAAAUCUUUACGACCUCUAAUCAUAGCUCUCAACCCAUCUUCCAGUAACGUCAUCUUUAAACUUCGUGAGCGCAGAGCACAACUCAGCGCACAGGUUACAGAUGUCAUCAACACACUUGGUCCGGAAAUGUUCCCCGAUUUUGAUGCUUCCAGAAUAGUAGCCGAUCCUUUCAAUCGCGAUGAUGCCAAGACCCCUACUUCGCCUCGUCAAAAUGAUUUACGCCGCAAUAGUAAUCAAUCUGGUGUCUCGGAUCAAUCGCCGCCACGUAUCAUUCAUAGAAGUAACACGGCAGGCGCAUCUAUUGGCGGCAGCUCAAGUUCGAAUGGACAUCUUCCACGUAACGAGUCAUUUGGCAAUAUAGGAAAUAUCGCACUAUUCGCAACGCGCCCACCAUCGAGGAGCAGGAGUCGCAGCAGCAGCAGUGGUGGCGCAGUAGGAUCAGCGGGUUUCCCAUUAAAGAGCUUUAGUGCAUUGGAUGGGAAAGCGAGUUUUGAUGAGGUUAGUCUGAAGAUUCGGGGAGCCAUGAAGGAGAGAGGACAGUUGAGACGGAGACAGAGUCAAGUGACGAGGGAAGAGGAAGACGCGGCGUAUAGUAGUGAAGAUGAGGAAAGCAAAUGA